GUCUCCAAGGAGGAAUUGACGGAGGCCCUAAGCCACAGCUUCCCGGACAUCAACAUGACGGAGCUGAUGACGGUGUUCGACACGGACGCCGACGGAAAGGUCAGUUACACGGAGUUCUCCCAGUUAUCCAAGGUGAUCUCCACCUUCGAGCUGUUUGACACGGACGGCAACGGCUUGAUCAGCCGCUCCGAGCUCAAGGCGGUCCUCCAGAGGCUGGACCCCAGAUUUGAUGACAAGCAGCUGGAAGAGCUGAUGAGCGGCAUCGACUUUGACAGCAGCGGAAAUUUGAACGUUGUGGAGUUUGUCAUGUACGUCGCCGACUACAGCGACGAGCUGGGCAUCAAGCUGGAGCAAACCGCCGCUAUCUUGGCGGGCGAGACGCCGGCUGCGGUGAUCGAGCUGUCUUGAGCAUGUCUGCAUUUACCCUAAGGUGGUGUGCAACACCUUUUCGGCCAUCCGAAAGCAGGAGUCUCCCUGCACAGAAACACCUUUGCGGGCCAA